AUGGUUCGUUGUGAUAUCAAGCCAAGUAAUGUUCUUCUUGGUGAUGAUAUGGUUGCGCACUUAGGAGACUUUGGAUUAGCUAGGCUUCUUCAUGAAGUUACAAGCUACUCGAGUGUGGGCCAAACUAAAUCUUCAGCAAUUAAGGGAACAAUUGGCUAUGUUCCUCUAGUGUAUGGAGAAAGUGUCGAAGUUACAACAAAAGGGGAUAACUACAGCUAUGGGAUUUUGAUGCUGGAGAUGCCUGCUAGAAAGAAGCCGAGAGAUAGCAUGUUUCAUGAGGAUCUAAGCCUACCCAAAUUCUGCAUGCUAACAUUAGCUGAUGGAGUCCUUCAGAUUUUGGAUCCAUAUUUGCUUGUUCUAUCUGAUAGAGACAUUAGGAAGAUUAUGCAGAAUUCAAAUAUGGAACGCAACAUUCAAGAGUGUCUGGCUGGCUUUGCUGGGAUUGGUGUGGCAUGCUAUGCAGAAUUGCCUGGUGGAAGAAUAGAUAUCAAAGAUGUUUUAGCAUAG